AUGUUUACCAUUUCCAUGUUUGCUAUAAGUUCCUUCUCACAAUCUCCUUCUCCGAAGCAAAUCAAGUCCAUAGUUAUGGAUUGUUCCACAUUCUCUACACCAAAACUAUGGUUUUUUUGUGCUUUCUUGUUGUUUAUCAUCAUGUGCGUUAGUAUAGUCUCUGGCACUGCAACUGAAAUUAAUUAUGGUCCUCACUGUAACUCAGUUGUUCAUGAAUCUAAACCAGGUGAUGAGGAGUUCAAUGUCAUGCCUUUUGCAGGACGUCAGAAUGGUUACUUCAGAGGUGGGGAUAAUGUCCUAAUCCUAAACAAUCGUUCACAUAUGUACUAUCCCUCGGAAUCGAAAGCACUCGUUUUCGAAACUCGCCACGUAUAUGCAACUGAUGUCGAGGAUGUGUUCAAGGUGGAAGGAGACCUCAUCUUCCAAACUUCGUAUUACUACGAACAGAGUUUCAACCGUGACGGCUUAUUUAUUUCGAGUUCCAGAGAUUCCGGUGAUCGCGGAACUAUGGACUUCGAUUUUCAAGGCUUCUGGUCUCGAACCACCGGGGAGCUUUGCAUGGUGGGAUCGAGCGAUACUUACUCCGAUGAAGGUAAAUUGCUUCAGCUUGCAGCUGUGCUUAAGAUUAAUAAUCUUAAGAGUUCAAGUGAUAUCAGCACGUUAGUCACUGGGACUAUUGCUAGCUUGAAUUCUGCUAAUGAUCCGAAUUACUUUGACAAAAUAUCACUGCUGAUGUUUCCUCAAGUGAAUUACGGUUACACCAUGGCUUCAAAGCAAUUUAAUCAAGGGUGUCCCCUGGGAACCGAUGUCCAACCGAAGUUGUCCCUCAGCUUAUCGCUAACUCGAACUAUUUGCGAUAUGUUGUCUGGUGGAGACAAUGCUUUCAAACUGGAGUAUUCAAGUGGCUGUGAUUCUUCAAAGCGUUGCAGUCCAUUCGGAGAUGUCAUCGGAUAUUUGCCUACCAUGAUGUCGUUGAGUAUGAUUCAGUGCUCAGCGGAUAGGCUAAGCUUGAGGUUUCUGAUAGAAUUUCGGAACAAUAGCUACAGGGGAUAUUAUAGUUCUCCCAACAUCAGCACUUCAUUAAUUGGAGAAGGAACUUGGGAUGCCAAGAGCAAUCGGCUUUGUAUCAUCGCUUGCCGAAUCUACGAUGCAUUGAGCUCCUUGGAGACGUCUCGUGUUGGAGACUGCACAACACGUUUGAGCUUAAGAUUCCCAGCAGUAUUGUCUAUCAGAUACACAGGUACUGUUGUAGGUGAAAUCUGGAGCCUGAAGAAGAGGAAUGAAGCUGGUUUCUUCGAUAGGAUCGAGUUCCAAAAUACUGGCAAUCAUAGGGGAAAGAUUCAACUUCAAGGUUUGAAGUAUGAAUACACGGAGAUGGACAGGGUGAAGAAAUCUUGUCCAAAGAAGAAUCCUAGGACUAGGAGCAGCAGGGUACAGUAUCCAGAUAGUAUUUCUGGAGACAUGGGUUUUAGUAUGUCAAUCCUCAAUGGUUCCAAAGUAAAUAUCGGAUGGGGUUCUUCGGAUAUUCUCGCGGUCAGCGAUCAGUCGAAUCAGAGAUUUCCAUAUCUAAUACCAUCUUCAAGCUCAAAGCCUAAACAUCCUGGUGUUAAAUCUAAUUCCAGCAGUGGUUCGCUUAAUAUCAGCUAUAAAAUGACAAUUUCAGUACCUAGCUGGGAAGUUUAUCCUGGACUUACUCCAGUUAACAAAUCUUCAAAUGAAUAUCUAGAAACUGAAUUGAUGAUUUCUGCUGAAGGGAUUUAUGAUACUGCAACAGGUAGCCUAUGCAUGGUUGGCUGCAGCCGUUUAAUUUCGGGUGAGAAAUCGUUUUCAAGUCAUUCGAUGGAUUGUGAGAUCCUUUUGAAUGUCUAUUUUCCUCCACAGGACUCAAACGGGCGAAGUAAGAUCAAGGGAAGCAUCGAGAGCAUGCGUGAGAAUACCGAUCCUUUGUACUUCAAGCCUAUGCAGUUUUCGGGAUGGGCUCAUUAUCGCCGUUUGAUAUCCGAAUCGAUUUGGAGAAUGAAUUUUGAGAUGAUCAUGUCGGUCAUAUCCAACACUCUUGCAAUUAUCUUUGUAGCAUUUCAAAUCUUUCAUGUUCGGAAGCACCGUGGCGCUGGUCUUUUGGUUUCACUUCUCAUGCUUGUUAUUCUAGCCUUGGGACACUUGAUUCCUUUGGUUCUAAAUCUGGAAGCAAUGUUUGAACAAGAUAGUGAAAGAUCGGUCUUGAUUAGAGGUGGAACGUGGAUCGAAAUGAAUGAGGUGAUCAUUAGGGUUGUCACAAUGGUCGCUUUCCUACUGCAAACCCGUCUUUUGAUGCUCUCAUGGACCACUAGAUGCUCCACUGGAAAGAAAAAGGCCUUGUGGACUGCAGAAAAGAGGGGGCUCUACGUGUGUUUUCCUGUGUACAUAACUGGAGCUAUGAUCGCGUUUUACGUCAAGUCAAGGCAGACUGUACAUCAAACCAGAAGGCAUUCUUGGCACCACAUGGAUCAGAUCAUUUUGAGGAGCUCAAGACCUUAUGCUGGUUUAAUCCUGGAUGCCUUUCUUUUCCCUCAAAUCAUCUUCAACAUGUUUCAGAACUCAAGAGAACUCUCUCUUUCUCGAUUCUAUUACAUCGGGAUCACUGUUGUUCGCCUAUUUCCCCAUGUAUAUGAUCUUUACAGGGCAAACACCUAUGCUGAUAUAGAAGACACAUACAUUUAUGCAGAUCAUGCUGCAGACUACUACUCAACUGCUUGGGACUUCAUUAUUAUUGUGUUGGGUCUAUUCUUUGCAGCAACUAUACACUACCAACAGCGCCUCGGCGGUCGAUGUUUGCUUCCAAAUAGAUUCCAGGAAUCUGUGAUAGAUGAGGAGCUUCCAGUGGAUUCAGAAGAACAGUUGCCACUGAAAUAUAGCACUUAG